UUCCUGUUUACCGCUUCUUUUUGCACGCUUAACCCCAAAUAAACAAUCGGUUUGCUGCUAAUAAACAAAAGUUGAAGGAUAUAAUUUUUCCAGAAAAAAUACACAAUUGCAACAAAUAUAGCAAUGGCUGAUGCAAAAGUCAAUACAUUUUUCAUCUCAGAAAAGAUUUCCAAGGUGCGUUGGGUACCAGAGCAACUGCGUGAAAGCGAAAGAUUUCUGACCGGUAGCUGGGAUAUGCCAAAGAAUUUUUUGCGUAUCUGGCGAUUGCAUCGGAAUCAGUAUGAUGGUUCGGAAUACAAUGAAUUUGUUCCCAGAUGUAGUGAUAAACUGGCUAUGAAUGGCGAUGUUACGGGCAUUGAAUUUGUUACAGACGAUACAGCUGUAGUAAGUUGUAGCGAUGGCCGCGUAACCUUGUUUAGAAUUAAAAAGGCUGUGGAAGAAGACGUUUUACAAAAGGAAGCCAAUAGUGAGCUAUUACACAGUUUUAAAGCUAGUGGCAAAUGUUCCAGUUGUUCAUCUAUUUCCGUAUAUGGCAAAGAUGUGGCUACAGUUGGAGAAGAUGGCCGUUUAAAUAUUGUCGAUACACAGGCUCACUUAGCUGUGCGACGUUCUAUAGAAGCCGAUAGUUGCUCACUGCUAUCUGUACUUUAUGUUAAUCCCCAAGAAGUGUUGACAGCCAAUCGUAUGGGUAUUAUACGGAUGUUUGAUAUAAGAUCGUCUUCUGAUGGAUCUGCAACUACGGCCUUUAUGACCUCAUGCGAAGAUGAAAAACGCUGUAACUAUGUUUCCUGCUUAACAUCUCAUCCAACACAGCCACAUGUUGUGAUGGCCGGCUCUGAAGAGGGUUCCAUUACGGUUUGGGAUUUAAGAAAUCCAGGAUAUCCUGCCUCAUAUUUAUCGGCCCACACUAGUCCCAUAACUGAUAUUGGUUUUCAUCGUUCCGAUCCAUCUAAGCUGUUUACCACUGCCGAAGCAGGUGAACUAUGGCUUUGGGCACAACAUCCAACCAUGAGUGGUGGUGUACACCGUGCUAUGGAACCAUCAACGACCGCAACAGAAAAUACCAAUCCAUGGUUGAACGGAGAACGUGCCAAAAAUCGCAUAAGUGUUACGGCUCUAAUGACAGACUUGCGAAAGGCAAUUAAUUCAUUUGAUACACAAAGUUCUAAGAUAAUCUGCGGAAGUGAUAGUGAAGCAAUUUAUUUUGUAGAUAAUGUAUUAUAAGGCAACAACGAUUUUGACCCUGGUGGUGAAGAUUGAAGUGGAUGCAAGUUAAAAAAUAAUAAAUUAAUGUAAGAUUUUUCUGUCUUUUAUGGAACCAUA